AUGGAAGACUGGAAAGGGGGGCUCCCCGCUGCGAAAAUAUACGAGAAAAUACUUCCAAAAUUGGUCGAAGAAUCCAUAUUUCCAUCCAUUCCUUAUGUAUAUGGCUCCCCGUAUGGCGGGGAAGGUUGGGACACAAGCAGUCCAUUCAUCGGCGACGUGAGCAGCGAGUUCGGGAUUCCAUCUAUACCAAAUCUUGCCACCGUUGAAAAGUUCUUCCCCACUGACACCAAGGAGACAGCCCAGGGCAGACACCCUCAGUCUAGAGCGAUGCAACAACACAAUAAAGCCGGCUCUUACGAGAGGCGCUAUGUCUAUCUUACUCAACUUAUGCAAAGCGAGGCCCUAGGCUAUGCAUAUAGAGUAUGGAGAAGAAAAUGGAAGGGAGAUGGUCGUGAAGAGCUCCGUCCCAAACCAGCUUAUUAUGCGAUUGCGCGUGAACUACGAGAGGUCCUAAAAAAUCGUGCGAAUGACCGGCCACGACCAUUCUACGAGUUUGGGGCAUUUCAGUCAGUCGAUGCAACUCUCGAUAUCUGGGCCACAAACGGGACGCUAUUGCCUCAAGACGUAAAUUUGGAAAUAUUUGCGUUUGACCUGGACUCAGAGUGGACAUACGAGUCCCGUCAAAGCGCACGCCUGGCGCCGAAUUCUAGUACCGAACUCGCCCAUUCCAUGUCGUGCCCACACAAAUAUAUGCAUCAGCAGGCUGCCCAUGAAUUGGUUCCCACACCUUCUUACUCAGUGGUGGUAGCCGCGAUCUUACGGGAUACCAAAGGAGGACUGCUUUCGCAGUACGUGGACUGGCCACAACCAUUCAAGUUCAUCGAACCAUAUGAUCCUGAAUUGCGCUUUUCGCUGGAAGUGGACCGUCUUAUGAUCACCUGUAAACGGCCCGUGAAAGGGCUAGUUUUAAGUGUCGCAGAUGGUGUGGAUGAGGUUGCGUGGAGCGAUAAUUGUAUCGAUGUUAUUCCAGGCCAUCCAUACACAUUGCAAGUCACAGGACUCCAUAAACAGGAUAUAAGAGUUGCUUAUUUAGGUAGCGAGAGAGCUACGCCGGUGAAAGUACAUUCAUAA